AAAAAGGUGCUUCUAAUUGAUAUGAUAAUUGAGAUUAAUUAUCACUCUCCAUAUAAUUAGUUUCUCGCUACAAAGUUAUCAUAUAUCUAAAAAGCACAUACUCGUAAAAACAUCUGAUAAUCUCUCUUAGGAGAAGACGGUGUCUCAUCCAUCAUGGAUCCAUUAGCUCAAGACACAAUCUCAGCCCUACAACAAAUUGAGCAACAACUCUUCGACGAUGAAGUUGAUGAUCAAUAUACCUCAUCAUCUCCAUCCUCCUCAUUAACCAACCUCAACUCAAGCUCUUCUUCAUUCACUACCCAACUAAAUCCUCCAAACAAUAAUUCUAGGUCUUCCUCUUUCACAAUUUCAUUCAGCAAUAAUGAGGGUCGUUGUCGUACUACUCAUUCAGACAAUGACCCUCUCCUCGAGUACAUCCAAUCAUCACUUGAAGAAGGUAUUGAUUACGAAGAAACCUUUCACGUGUUCUGUUGCAAACCACGAAAAGUGGUAGCUACUAAAGAUAAUGCUACUAAUAAUCAUAAACUACGCGGGAACUACAUAGGGGUGAGGAGAAGGCCAUGGGGUAGAUUUGCGGCGGAAAUUAGAGACCCUAAUCGUAAAGGCUAUAGAAUUUGGCUUGGUACGUAUAACACGGACAUGGAUGCUGCCCGAGCUUAUGAUCGGGCAGCAUUCGAGUUAAGAGGCUGCAAAGCCAGACUUAACUUCCCACAUGAAGUUGGGAGUUGGUCAUCUUCUUCUUCUUCUUCAUCUUCGUCAUCAUCCUCUACAACAAAGCAAGUGCAACAACAUUCAGGUGAAAAGAGGCAAAGGGAUGAAGUUAGUGAGAAAAUUAUUGGAGAUGAUGAUGAUUUUUAUUCAUUUAUUGAUGAACUUAUUGAUGAAGAAUUGAUCAUCAAAAUGCCUAGAACAUUUUAA